ACAGAUGGGCUGAAGGGAAAGAGACAAUACGGAAGGAAUGACACUCUUAUCUGUGGAGCCUGUAGUCAGGUAGGCAAAGGAAAGUGUAUUUAAAAUAACCUCAUUAUAUUAUGACUGUGUUUAUCACCUUUUUGUUGUAUAAUAAUAUAGCUUGGGCAUAUUCGGACCAACAAACUGUGCCCUAAGUAUGGGGAGAAUCAAGAAAACUCUGAAAUGGAUACAAAUUCAAUCAAGUCUAAUCCUCUGGAUGAAACGAGCCAGAUGAAGAUGCCAAGUAAGAAGUUGAUAACUAUGGUCUCGUUUGAAGUUCCUGAAACUGAAGGGCCAGAAGGCAUUGAAAAUACAAAAUCUGUCCCAGUAAACUUCAAAUGUGGGGUACCUCAAAGGUCCUCGGAGAGGAACAUGUCACCGUCUGGUUCACUAACUUUCAAGGGCACCAUGGAUGCCAGAGACUUCAGAUCUACUGGAAAGGACGAUAAGAUAUUGAAGUCAAAUAACAUGAGGUUUGAUGAUUAUCCGCCUGACACUCUAAAGCCAUCUGUUAUAUUUUGGCCUCCAUGUAUUAAGUAAGGAUAUACCUUCCAAGAAGAUCACCAUCAGGCAACCUAUGGUUCUUGUAGACCAAGAGAGACAUGUUGAAUUGUCAGGUUCUGAGAACAAAAACAGAGAAGACUCGUGCUAUAGAGAACCAGGUCAGAUGAAUACCUUGCAUGUAAGUAGGAUAUAUGAAAAGAGAGAGGAAGGGAUCCAGAAGGCAAAGAAAAAAAUUAUGGAAAAGAGAAAACCUGAAUUUGUAGAUGAUGCCCUACUUGAUCACAGGCCAUACAUGAAUGAAAGAAGAGUACCUGAAAGACAUCGAGCAUCUAAACGACGCAGGGGAGGAGAGGUUGAGCUUUCCAACAUACUUGAAAAGGUAGUUGACCAGCUGCGGAGAAACACUGCUAUAUCAUACCUGUUUCUUAAACCAGUGUUGAAGAAAGAUGCUCCGGAUUACUUCAACAUAGUCAAGCGCCCAAUGGACCUUGGUACCAUCAGGGACAAGGUGAGGAAGAUGGAGUACAAGAACAGGAAGGCUUUUAGGCAUGACGUGGCGCAGAUAGCAGUGAACGCGCAUGCUUACAAUGACAACCGCCAUCGUGGCAUACCUCCCCUUGCUGAUGAGCUCUUGAAGAUGUGCGAUCAACUUCUAGAGGAACACGCGGGGCUGCUCGACGACGCAGAAGGCGCGAUGGAGUACUAGUGUGAUAACUAGACAUAGCAUUUAAAUCUCACUAUGAUGCUGUACAUGCUGAUUUGUAGAAGGGAAUGAUGUACAUGUACAUGUACAUGUACAGAUGUACUCGUGUACAUUCUUUUAGUAUGUCGAGCGGUAACAUACAUGGCAUCCCAAAUUCCAGCUGUUUGACCAUUUGGUUGGUAUUUGGAGAUAGCAGUUCAAGUUCUAGUUUGUGUAACUGCGGGUUCGUUGUGAACUAGUGUACUCAGUUCUGUGAAAAUGUAGAUGUUUUUUUUGGUCUAA